AUGUGCUGGCAGGGCCUAGCAGAGGCGAAAAGGCAAAGGCAAAGACAGGUCACUUUCCGCCGAGAAGCCCGUGAAAGAGGUACCCAAGGACAAGACACAAUCCAUGUAAAUUAUCGAAGACUUCCACGGCUGCUUCUGCCGUUGAUGAAGACGUUUUUGGUGGUAGAAGUGGCAGCUGGUAGGGAAGUCGAGCAUGGUCAGCAAGCAGUAAACAUGGACGCAAGAUACUACUCAGCUGGUGUUAUGAAACUGAAAGGCUCAGCCGCUGUCUUCGACCUGGCAGACGAACCUCCUCCACAUACACCUGUCUCAGCUGGACCCGGCCUCCCUGAUCCCUUAUCGAGCUCCCUGGAUAGCAGCGUCCGAAGGACAGAAUCUGUUCAGCAUAGCCAACCUGCUCUGGGAAGUCCUGAUCAAGCCUCCCAGCAACCUACGAAUACGCUCUCUGAGGCCGGGCCACGCCGUAGCCGCCGACGUCGCCGUCAAGACCUAACUCCUGACCAGCCCGAGAGCUCCGAGUCGACAUUGGUGAACACAGCCGGAGCUGCUGCUGAACAUAGCACAGAGACUUCUGCAGCUGGACCUCAGACAGACAACGAAUCCCCGCCUACCAAACGAAGAAGGUAUACUGUCGACGGUAUGAGACCAGACGGUGGACCUUCCCCUCCCAAUUCGAACGGUUUUGCGUCUGUUUCAAACGGUGCCUCGAGCUCCUUACAAAAGCCGUUCCUUCCAAAUUCGCCUGUUGGAAAACAGUCGCAAGUAGAGUAUCAGGAUGCCACCAUGUCGAACGGAUCCUGUGCUCUAUCUCCUACGUACCGCGGCCACGACCGGGAGGAAGUGACGAGAAUAUUGAUACAGAGUCUAUACGAGCUGGGUUACCACCAGGCUGCUUCUACCUUGACCGCUGAGAGCAAAUAUGAGCUCGAGAGUCCCGGUGUUUCUGCUUUUAGGACUGCCAUAUUGGGCGGAGACUGGAGUGAGGCGGAGCGGAUACUCUUGAGCUCCUUUUGUCCCGAUGGGGAUGCUGGGGAGGUAGAUGGGGUAACCGGUAAACAGCUUGCCAAGCGAGAUGGACUCGUGUUGGCCAGUGGUGCCAAUGAGAACGAGAUGCUGUUUUGUAUAAGGCAGCAGAAGUUCCUCGAGCUGCUCGAUCAACGGGACCUAACAACGGCUUUGGUCGUCCUACGCCAGGAACUCACACCAUUAAACCAUGAUAUAACACAACUCCACGCCCUUUCGAGUCUACUAAUGUCUACGCCUGAGAACCUGCGCGCACGAGCUGGUUGGGGACGCACUGUUAGUGAGUCUAGGCAGAAUCUCCUAUCAGAGCUCACCAGGUCUAUCUCUCCUUCAGUCAUGAUACCCGAUCACCGUCUAGCAGUGCUUCUGGAUCAAGUAAAACAAACCCAAAUAAAUAACUGUCUGUACCACAAUACCGCAAUGUCACCAUCUCUGUACUCGGAUCACUUGUGUGAUAAAAGUGGUUUCCCUCUUCGGACGGCAUUCGAGCUUAGCCACCACACCAACGAGGUUUGGUACCUGGAAUUCUCCCACGAUGGUACCAAGCUUGCCACGACGAGCCGUGACUGCACUGUGCUGAUAUAUGACUCCACAACCUUUGAAAUAAUACAUCGGUUGACCGAGCACACUGAGCCCGUUGCUUACGCUACGUGGAGCCCCGACGACACCAAGUUAAUUACUUGUUCUCAAGACUUCAAGGCCAAAAUGUGGAAUGUUCAGACCGGUACUUGUCUUUUGACAAUAGAGCAUCACGAGGCACCAAUCACGUCCGCUUCAUGGGCACCAGACGGAGAGUCCUUCGUCACAGGUUCUCUCGACAGCAAGUCUCAGCUCUGCCACUGGAGUGUCCCUCAAAAAAAGAUAAUAUAUGCCUGGCGCGGCCAAUACCGAGUCCGUGACUGUGCUAUAACUCCUGACGGGAAACGGCUGAUUGCCAUUUCCCUGCAAAAGAGAAUAUACGUCUAUAACUUUAUAACCCGGGAAGAAGAAUACAGCGUUCUCCUCAAACUCGAUCUUACUUGUUUGAGUAUUAGCGCUGAUUCGCGGUAUAUGCUCGUUAACAUGUCUGAAAACGAAGUACAGCUUCUUGAUAUUGAGACAGCAGAGGUUGUUAGACGAUUUUUGGGUCAGAAACAAGGCAACUUCCUUAUCCGUAGCGCUUUUGGCGGAGCUGCAGAGAAUUUUGUUGUCAGUGGCAGUGAAGAUGCAAAAAUCUAUAUUUGGCAUAAGGAGAACAGCCGACUUGUUGAGUCUCUCGAAGGCCACGUUUCUGGAUGUGUCAAUGCUGUCGCGUGGAACCCAGCCGAUCCUGGAAUGUUUGCAUCCGCUGGAGAUGACCGCAAAGUCAGAGUGUGGAUGAGGCAGCCUUGUCUGGGGACCUCCUCAGGUAACAAAUCCAGGAGAUCAAUUCGAAGCAAUCCAUCUUCAAGCGCCGUCUCUCUAAAACCUUCUGGCUAG